AUGGAGAAGGCUUUCGCAAAGCCGAUUGACGAGGUGUUAAGCACCCUAGGUGUCAACCCUGCCACUGGCCUUACAGAUGAACAAGUUACGAGGUUACAGGCCAGGUAUGGGAAGAAUGCUAUCGCCGAGGAACCGCCCACCCCACUUUGGCAGCUCAUUCUCGAACAGUUCAAGGACCAGCUCGUCUUAAUUCUACUCGGUUCUGCCGUUGUCUCUUUUGUCCUGGCGCUCUUCGAGGAUGAGGGCGGCUGGAGCGCCUUUGUUGACCCCGUCGUCAUCCUCACAAUUCUGGUCCUCAAUGCUAUUGUUGGUGUCUCCCAGGAGAGUAGCGCGGAAAAGGCGAUCGCCGCGCUGCAGGAAUACUCGGCCAACGAGGCCAAUGUGCUGCGCAAUGGUCAAAUCCACCGCAUCAAGGCCGAGGAACUAGUCCCUGGAGACAUUGUUGACGUCUCUAUUGGCGCCCGUGUCCCAGCUGACUGCCGUCUGAUCUCCAUCAUGAGCAACAGCUUCGCCGUUGACCAGGCUAUCCUCACAGGCGAGAGCGAAAGUGUCGGAAAAGACUGCCGCGCGGUCUUAAGAGAUGAGAAUGCGGUCCUGCAAGACCAGGUUAACAUGCUCUUCUCUGGUACCACUGUUGUGACGGGUCACGCCCGCGCUGUUGUCGUAUUGACCGGUUCCAGCACGGCCAUUGGCGAUAUCCACGAAAGCAUCACGGCCCAGAUCUCGGAACCGACGCCCCUGAAGCAGAAGCUCAACGACUUCGGCGAUCAGCUGGCCAAGGUCAUCACCGUCAUCUGCGUCCUGGUUUGGCUCAUCAACAUCCCCCACUUCAACGACCCGGCGCACGGCAACUGGACAAUGGGCGCCAUAUAUUACCUCAAGAUUGCUGUUUCGCUUGGCGUUGCUGCUAUUCCAGAAGGUCUCGCCGUUGUCAUCACUACCUGCUUGGCCCUUGGUACCAGGAAGAUGGCUGCCAAGAACGCUGUUGUCAGGAGUCUGCCGUCUGUCGAAACCCUCGGUAGCUGCAGUGUCAUCUGCUCCGACAAGACGGGUACCCUCACCACGAACCAGAUGAGCGUCAGCAAGAUUGUGUAUCUCAGCGAGAGCGGGACUGGCCUGGAAGAGUUCGAUGUGGAGGGUACUACCUUCGAACCGAAGGGCAACAUCAAGUAUCAGGGCAAGGUGGUUACAGACCUUGCUCAGGAGUCUUCUACUGUGCGCCAGAUCACUGAGGUUGCUGCUCUCUGCAACGACGCUCGGCUCGACUAUCACGCUCACUCAGGCACUUAUUCCAACGUUGGCGAGCCCACUGAGGGUGCUUUGCGCGUCAUGGUUGAGAAGAUUGGCCCCUGCGCACCGGAAGACUGCCACCCGAAGGACCGUGUGCACUAUGCCAGCUCCUGGUACGAGAAGCAGUACACUCGUCUGGCUACAUACGAGUUUUCCCGCGAUCGGAAGAGCAUGUCUGUCUUAGUCCAAAACGGUACCCAGCAAAAACUGCUCGUCAAAGGCGCUCCCGAGUCUAUCAUUGAGCGGUGCACCCAUGUUCUGCUUGGCCGUGAUGGCAGAAAGGUCCCCUUAAAUUCCAAGCUUGCUGAGCUUUUGCUAAGGGAAGUUGUGGAGUACGGCAACCGUGGUCUCCGUGUCAUGGCCCUUGCGAGUCGUGAUCAGGUCCAGAACGAUCCUCUGGUCAGCAAGGCCAAGUCGACUGCCGAGUACGCUGCUCUGGAACAGAACCUGACCCUUCUUGGGCUCGUUGGCAUGCUGGAUCCUCCACGUCCCGAGGUUCCCGCUGCUAUCCAGAAGUGCAAGGAGGCCGGGAUCCGUGUCAUCGUCAUCACAGGCGACAAUCGUAACACCGCAGAGACCAUAUGCCGGCAGAUCGGUGUUUUCAGCCCUGAUGAGGAUCUUACCGGCAAGAGCUUCACUGGUCGCGAAUUUGAUAACCUCACUCCUGGAGAGCAGCUGGAGGCAGCUAAAAACGCUUCUCUUUUCUCGCGUGUCGAGCCGACACACAAGCAGAAGCUGGUCGACCUACUCCAGUCCCUCGGUGAAGUCGUUGCCAUGACUGGUGAUGGUGUCAACGACGCUCCCGCGCUUAAGAAAGCUGAUAUUGGUGUGGCGAUGGGUUCUGGUACUGACGUUUCUAAGCUCGCCGCUGAUAUGGUCCUCGCCGACGACAAUUUUGCCACCAUCGGCGUCGCCAUCGAGGAAGGUCGUGCUAUCUACAACAACACGCAGCAGUUUAUCCGGUACCUGAUCUCAUCGAACAUCGGUGAGGUCGUUUCCAUUUUCCUGACAGCCGCGCUCGGCAUGCCAGAAGCGCUCAUCCCCGUUCAGCUGCUUUGGGUCAAUCUCGUCACCGACGGUCUCCCGGCCACAGCAUUGUCCUUCAACCCCCCUGACAAUGAUAUCAUGAAGCGUCCACCACGCCGUCGCGGCGAGGCCCUGAUUGGUGGUUGGCUUUUCUUCCGGUACCUCAUCAUCGGCACGUACGUUGGCCUGGCUACUGUAGCCGGCUAUGCCUGGUGGUUUAUGUUCUACGAAGGUGGCCCGCAGAUCAGCUUCUACCAGUUGUCGCACUUCCACCGUUGCUCGGCCGACUUCCCUGAGAUCGGAUGCGCUAUGUUCACGGGUGAUAGCGCGCGCGCGGCGUCAACUGUGUCGCUGUCAAUUUUGGUUGUUAUUGAGAUGUUCAAUGCCAUGAACGCGCUGUCGUCGAGUGAGUCCUUGCUAACGCUGCCCGUGUGGAAGAACAUGAAGCUGGUGUAUGCAAUUGCGCUGUCGAUGAUGCUUCACUUUGCUUUGCUGUAUACUCCGUUCCUCCAGGCGCUGUUCUCAAUCAUGCCGCUAAACUGGACGGAGUGGAAGGGAGUACUUGCUAUCAGUGCCCCUGUGAUUCUCAUUGACGAGUGUCUCAAAGUCGUGGAACGGACGUUUAUCGUCGAAAAGGCCAAGACGAAGCAGCUCAAAGCGAAGGAGCAAUAA